UCUUCUCAUUUCCCCCUCAUAGUGCUCAUUAGCUCUUUCUCUCUCUCUCUCCCUCCCUCUCUGGAUAUAAGUUAGAUCUACCUAUCUAUAUCUCUGUCAGCUAUAUUCUUCUAUCCGUAGGCAACAUGAGCCAAGCAGUUAAAGAUCAGCCAGCUUCGUUGACAUCGAGCAAGGAUUCGCAUGUGAUAUCGAAGCUGAAACGCAAGAUCAGAAUCGUGCACAUAGUCACGCCGGAGAUCAUAAAGACCGACGUCGACAACUUCCGGGAGCUGGUGCAACGACUCACGGGGAAGGCCGCCACGGGAACAGGCAGCAAGAAGCAGGCUACACCGGUGGCCGCGAUCGGUGCACAGGAGGAUGUCAAGGAAGAACUCGUGGAGGAGGAAGACGGCGGCGAGUGGUGGAAGGAGGGCGUCUCCGGAGGACCCUUGGGAGACACGGGUUUGAUCUUCCAGGACUUGAUCGAUUUCCCGUUGCUUUCACAUGAAUGACCGAUGUAUGAGGAGGGGUUCAUGUUUUGCUUGCUUACGAGGAAGACUGCCGAGUCCUUGUCGUCUUUCUUUCUUCAUCUAUCUUCUUAUUUUUGGUUUGAUUUUUUGAGUUCUCGGAGGAUGGAUCGGAAUUGCAGCUGGGUUUGAGUCAACGUGGAUCUCUUAGCUUGAUAAUGGACGUGGGAAUUUUUCUUGUUUCCUAGACUUUAUAGCCACCUUGUAAAUAAACGAUACCAAAGGUCAUAAAAUAUGUAGCAUUUGCUAGCAUAUUUUGUCUGUCUGUGUGUAGCUCUACAGAGAAUUGCAGGGAAAUCUUUGGCUUAGGGAACUCUAAAUAUGAAUUUACAUAGAAGCUCGAAUAAAAUACUACACUGGAGAAGGUUUUGCCCCUUUU